CUGUUUCAAUUAUUGUCAUCCAAAGUUGUGUACACCCUGUUUAGACGUUAAAGAGUUUUGCUGACUUUUAUUUAUAAACAGAAAACACGGAAAAACAUGGUUAAAUGUUAACGGACACACCCACACCGACACCAAUACACUAUCACACAUCGUAUUGUUGUUCAGUUUUACCAAAUAGUUCCGAAUUUACCGCGAAAAUCGAAAUAUUAUGCACCCAAGUGGCACGCUGCGGCGCACACAAAAUUGAUUUAGAAAAGAAAAAGCGAACCCAAUAACAACAAAAAAGAAAGUAAUCGGAUCGGCCUUGGGCAAGAGAAAGAGGCAACCCAAUUUGGCAGAUAGUAGGUCACUGCCGCAGCAGGCUGCCACCGCACAAGGGGCAGUGGCCCAAGGACAUUCAGGAGAACUUUCUAAACAGCAACAACAAACACAUUCAGCCAGCCCCACUCACACCCACUCGCAGAAUCAUAGUCACAAUCAACCAGACAUUGGCAAUGAUACGGUGCACUGGCAAUGCGCUCACUUGAAGGCAGCCGUCAGGAGCAGGACCUCGAGCUGGAGCUGGAACUGCCCCGAAUGGCAAACGAACGCAAGCAGAGCAGUCCCAAGGUGGAGCUGACCAAGCUCAGCCACGAACUAAUUGAGGAGUGUAAACGCAGCCAGGAGGACUCGCUGCUGUCGCGCCACCUUCGCCACGAGCUGGAAAAGCUGACUCGCGAUUCUCGUCGGGAGCUGGUGCGAAAGCAGCGGAAUGGUUGCGCCCCCCUGUUCAUCGCGUGCAAGCGAGGAGCCGUAGUCAUAGCCGAGUACUUGAUCACCAUAUGUGAGGCGGAUAUUGAGCAGAGAGGGCACUUUGAGGUCCCGGAGGACAACAGCUUUCACUAUGUUACGCCCCUGUGGGCAGCCGUUGUCUCUGGAAAGUUGUCGAUGGUCAAGUACCUGGUUCGAAUCGGAUGCGACAUAAAUGCCACAUCGGAUUCAGGAUCUACGCCCGUGCGGAGUGCCUGCUACAUGACCCAUGUGGACAUUGUCAAGUUUCUUGUGGAGAACGGGGCCGAUAUCAAGCGGCCGAACAUUAAUGGUGGCACCUGCCUGAUUAACUCGGUGCAGUCGGUGCAGCUAUGUUUGUAUCUGGUGCGCAAGGGAGCGGAUAUCAAUGCCCGCGAUAUUCAGGACAAAACGGCUCUGCACUAUGCGAUUCAGGAGCACCGACUGGACACCACCAGGAUGCUGAUUGAGCAGGGCGCCGAUCCAUAUGCAAAGAGUCGUUAUGGAGACGAUGCUCUGCGCACCGCUUGCCUGAAAGGAGCCCAUCAAAUCUUCGACUUCCUGAAGAAGGAGCUCAACUACACGGCGGCCAGGUUGGCAGAGGCGCACGAGCUGAUGGGGUCGACGUUCCUGGACGAGCACAACGAGUCGCGCGUUUGCAUCCUACACUGGCGCAUGGCGCACCACAUCCGGGCCGCGUACACCCCGUACAUUGAGAAGAACCCUCAAGUUCCGCUGCGGACGGCCUACGAAAAUGCAGUGGAGUUCAGCACGCUAGAAGAGCUGGACAACAUUGCCACGGACAUGGAUGCGAUGCGGACCCAGAGUCUACUCAUUUGCGAGCGGGUGCUGGGACUGACCCACAAGGAUAUGCUGUUUCGGCUGACAUUUAGGGGCGCGUCUUAUGCGGACUCACUGCAGCUGCAGCGUUGCAUCGAUCUUUGGCGUUUCCUGCUCGAGGUUCGCGUGUCCAACUGGUCCAUUUUGCACUUCGAGACUUGCUUUGCGGCCCAGGCACUGGUGCGCUUGAUGCUGGAUCUGCACGUUCAAAACUCCAGCCACAUAAGAAGCGAUGCCAGGGCCAGGUUCGUGCAUCAGGACAAUGUUCUGCCGCGGUUCGAAGACGUCCUAGGAGUGUUUCGAACUCUGGCGGAUAGCGCCAUUGUUGUGAAGCAUUUGCUGCUCUUGCGUCCAGUUUUUCGGCGCCAGCAGGAGAACUACGAUCGCGUUAUGAGAUGCCUGGCGCACCUCAUCUACCUGCUGAUAAAUACCGUCCACACGGAAGCCCAAAACAAGCUCAUCUACCAGGCAAUCCAUGAGACUGUGGUUGUUGGCAACCUGCGCAGUGCCAGCACCGCCGAUACUCUGCUCCACCUCUGCGCCUCGCGGCUGAACGUCAUUAAGAGCGGCUACAUCACCGAUGACAACUUUGCUGAUAAGACUGUGUUCCCGAAUGCGGAUGUCAUCAAGCUGCUCAUUGAGUGCGGCGUCGAUGUCAACAUUAAAAACGAAGCCAAAUCCACGCCCUUGCAUGUCGCCUGUCAGCCCUACAACUAUGACAAUGAGAUUGUUCACCUGUUGCUCAAGUGCGGAGCGGAUAUCGAUCAGCCGAAUCGCGCCGAUAAGCGGCCCUACGACUUAAUAGCCUCCAAUCCCACCAGCACCAUUCCGCUGCUCAACUUCGUGACGCUGCAGUGCUUGGCAGCGACCACGAUCAGUAAGCACCGGAUUCCCUACCACAACCAGCUACACAGGCAGCUCGAACAGUUUGUUAGAAACCACGAACCGUGAACCGAUAAGAGGAUGGUGGAAGUGGAACCUCCAUUGGGAGCGAGUUUUGCGUCUAUGUCUAAUGUCAAAAUUGAUAGUGUCUGUUUCCAUAUUUCGGCCGUGUCAAAAUUUUCACUAGCGAUUACUUUGUCUCGCUUGAUUAUAAAUAUAUACAGAUAUCUAUAUCUAUUGUUAAUUCGG